AUGUUACGAUCACUUUUAUCAUUUGGUCAGCGCAACACAGAUUACAUCUUUCCAACCGUUGAUCCAAAAAAGGAUGGACCGGACUGCAAGCAAGAUUGCGCCGAUUGCACGGUUGAAUUCCCGUCCAAGGUGAAAAUCGAGAGCUUGACACCGCUCUACGGACACAUCAAACGAGUCGAUACACAUGUACUGGUGGCUACGGGAAAGUCAGACUGGGUAGAAAAAGUGACGCAAGAAAAAGGCAGUUUGAUGGAAGCAUUAGACUCUGUCAAGCCACGACAUGGUCGAAUCAUGAUAUCUGCGUCAAAUCUCCGCUCGCCGGAGAACCAUGAGACCGAGAAGGAUAACGAGGGAAAUACCGUGCUGAUUCUACCUUCAUUCACGUUUGUGGACGCCGUAAAGCCCGGGGAUGUGCGAGAGCUGGUUGAACGCUACAUCGACACGCCGCAGGACGCUGGAAACUCGCAGUCGAAUUCUGCACUUAGGUCACGACAGUGCGAGUAUGAUUAUGUUGUGCUCUUGUGCUCGCAUAAAAGGCGAGAUGCCCGUUGCGGGAUCACAGCGCCGUUGAUCAAGAAAGAGCUUGAAAGACAUCUGCGUCCUCUUGAACUAUAUCGCGAUGCACAUGAUGAGCGCCCCGGGGGUGUUGGGAUAUUCUUCGUCUCACAUGUCGGUGGUCAUAAAUUCGCGGCUAAUGUCAUGAUCUAUCGCAAGAAGGAGCAGCAGAUGAUAUGGUUGGCGCGGGUCAGGCCGGAACAUUGCGAGGGCAUUGUGAAGUACACCCUUUUGCAGGGCAAAGUGGUACAUCCAGAGAGUCAGCUUAGAGGCGGUUUUGAUCGGCUUCGGGGAUUGACGAGUUGGUGA